ACACACACACACACACACACACACACUCACACACACACACACACACACACACACACACACACACACACACACACCAUGUUGUCCCGAUGCGGAGUGUGAGAGUGUUUAAAGCGCGCGGAGGAGCCCGGAGCCCUGGAGGAACACACACUUUGAGCCGGAGCCGGUGUGUGAGCAGUCGAGGCCAUGCUGAGCAAUCUCUCUCUCAGUCUGAUCUGUGUGUUGGGUCUCCUGAACACACACACACACGGAGCCCAGCAUGACACGGGGCUCGUCAAAUCAGGUCCAGUGGUGCAUCCUCACUUGACCGGAUGUCGUUCCAGUGAGUUCGUGACGUUCCGGUGUUGGUGGAGUUCCGGAACUUUCUCUAACCUCACUGAACCUGGAGCGCUCGCCCUCUUCUUCCAGAUGAACACUAUACCCCCCAGUGAGUGGCAGGAGUGUCCUGAAUACACACCCUCUGUACACAAUGAGUGUUAUUUCAGCAGAGAAUUCACACGGGUCUGGACGACGUACUGCGUACAACUACGCUCGACUACACACACACACAACAUCACGUACGACGAGCAGUGUUUCACCGUGGAGAACAUCGUGUACCCUGACCCCCCCGUUGGUCUGAACUGGACGCUGCUGAACGUCAGUCGUUCAGGGUUGAACUUUGACAUCAUGGUCCGUUGGGUUCCGCCCCCUUCGGCAGACGUGCACACGGGCUGGAUGAGUCUGAAAUACGAAGUUCAUUAUCGUGUACGAAACUCCUCCCACUGGGACAAGUUGGAUCUGGAGAGCGGUACUCAGCAGUCUAUCUACGGUCUGCACACGGGGAAACAUUACGAGGUUCGAGUUCGCUGUACGAUGUCUGCCUUCAAAAACUUCGGUGAUUUCAGUGACAGCGUCUUUGUUCACGUCCCAUCGAUCUUGAGCCAAGAAUCGAUGUUCCCCAUGAGGCUGCUGUUGAUCGUCGGAGUCGUGGUGCUGCUGAUCUUCCUCGUCCUCGUCCUCCUCUCACAGCAGCAGAGGUUAAUGGUGAUUUUGCUGCCUCCUGUUCCAGUGCCUAAAAUUAAAGGGAUCGAUCCGGAGCUUUUAAAGAAAGGGAAACUGGAGGAACUGAACGCUCUGCUCAGCAGCCAGCACAUGUACAAACCCGACUCGUACCCUGACGACUCGUGGGUCGAGUUUAUCCAGAUCGAUUUGGACGAAGCGGCAGAGAAAAAUGAGAACUCGGACAAGCAGCGUCUGCUCGAUCCCUCCCAUCACGGUACCACUCUGUGCCUAGGCUCCUCCCACAAAGGUGAUGACGAUUCCGGUCUGGAGAUGGAACCUGACAGGGAAGAGCGCCACCCUCUGGUCAGCAGGAGCAGCUCCACACCGACUCCGGAAUCGCAGAGUGAGGUUCAAACGCAGUUGGAAAGAAAUGACGGGAAUAAAUGGAUGAACAUGGAUUUUUAUGCGCAGGUGAGUGACGUCACACCUGCAGGGGGCGUCGUCCUUGCGCCUGAGGAACAGAAAAACACGCUGAUCAAGAAAAAGGGCGAAGGAAAGGAAGAGGACAACAAGAAGAACCUGGACAUCCAGCUCGUGGUGAUUGGCUCGGACGGAGGAUAUUCAUCUGAAAACGUCGCCCGCCAACUUGUUCCCGACUCGCCGUCCAAUCAGGACUCAGAUCAGCCGUAUCACGUUCUUAAUCCCGACGCUGAAGAAGAAAGGCAGGCGUCUUCCUAUAUCUCUGAGCCUCCUCCGCCCUCCGUGCUGCCUCCUCUUCCAGACUACACCGUCGUACAGGAAGUGGACGAGCAGCACAGCAUUCUUCUCGAUCCUAAUUCCGCACCUCAGCCGCCAUCUUGCACUCAAAAUCCCACCAAAUGCCCCCCAAACAUGCCUGUCGGGUAUCUCACACCAGAGCUGCUGGAGAACUUCAGCCCGUGAGCGGGUCGCUGAUACGCGCUCGUCCUCCGACUGCUCGGAUCCAAAGUCUCUACAUCACGGCUGGCGGAGUCGGAACCUCGGCCGUACCUGUGAUGGAGUGUGUGGUGAUCUGUAUGGCCAUGCUGCGGGGAAAAUAACCAA